AUGAGGACAUUAGGCCAGAAUCCAACCGAACAAGAACUGUUGGAUAUGAUCAACGAGGUGGAUUUCGAUGGCAGUGGAAGCAUUGAAUUUCCUGAAUUUUGUCAAAUGAUGAAACGAAUGAAUAAGGUGAGCGCUCCUUCAGUGCAUUUGUUCUUGCUUCGAAAGCACACGAAUUCUGCUGCUGUAUUACGGAAUGUGCAAAAUCCAGUGCUAAGCCCUCGCAUAAUUGAUGAUUUGCAUGAGUUGUACAGAAUGUUGCAUGAAUUAUCUGGUAGAUUUGAUAUAGGUUCGUAA